AUGCCGAAUGUCAUGGCUGCGAUGAGAAAUUGGAUUCAAGGGACUGGAUCAGAGGGAAAGAGAAGGGUGGCCGUUGUGCAUUGUAAGGCUGGAAAGGGAAGAAGUGGAACAGUGAGCUGCAGCUAUUUAAUCAGUGAGGAAGGCUGGAAAAGAGAGGACGCGCUCGAGAGAUUCACUGUACGGCGCAUGCGGGCCGGCUUUGGGCAGGGAGUCAGUAUACCAAGUCAACUGAGGUACGUGAGGUACGUGGAUCGAUGGACACAUGAGAUGAAGAAGAAGUAUGUUGAGAGGCCAAUUGAGAUUGUGGAGGUACAUGUCUGGGGUCUGAGGGAUGGCGUCAAGGUGGCCACAGAGGGAUAUGUGGAAGGAGGUAAGAGGAUCCACAACUUCCAUACCUUCACGCGAAGUGAGAAGACGGUUGUGGACGAGGGCCACAUCGCAACCAAGCAAAUACCCAUGGAACCAAAGGAGAUUCGCAAGGACGAGGAGAUGAUUACGUCGCCUGUCGAUGGGUCAUCGCCAUCGUCGAGUGGCAUGAACCUCAAUAAGACGUAUAUUGGAUCAACACAGACCGUCAUCCUCAGACCCGCAGGGGCACUUAUUGUGCCUACCAGCGACGUCAACAUCGACUUCGAGCGGCGCAACAAGGCCAGUUAUGCCGGUCUAACCAUGGUUACAUCUGUUGCUCAUGUCUGGUUUAACGCCUGGUUCGAAGGUGGCUUUGAAGGUCACGGUUCUGGUAUGUUUGAGAUCGAAUGGGAUGCUAUGGAUGGCAUCAAAGGUAGCGCAAGGAAGGGUGUGCGUGCGUUCGACAAGCUGAAAGUGGUUUGGCGGUACCCAGAAGGCCAUGAAGAUAAGGUGGUGGACGAGCCUAAAGUGGGGGAGCCAGUGCCCGAAGCCGAGCCGGCGGACUGGAAGGGCGAGGACCCAAACAAAGAAUCCGAAGCCAGUCAUUCCGGGGGACUCGACAGCAACAGGAAAGGCGGCGCAGCACUGACGGUUGGGGCCGUUCUGAGCGAGGGCACUUCACAACUUACCAAAGAGCUGGGGCUCAGACCACAGAAUGCGGGAAGUGCAGAUGUGAGUCUAGCAUCGAGCGUCAAGGAUGAGCCGGCCGUGAGCAAGAAGGUGGAAGACGAUCUCGAAGAAGGUGUCAAACCACACGGGCCACAAGGCGAAGAAUACGUAAGCUAUGAUGAACAAAGCCACCUUGAGGGAAGGCAUGACACUAAGGCUGGCAAGUACCUGGAGAUGGGAGUAGGCCGGACGGCAAGUCUUAUGGGAAAGAUGAGGGGCAGCAAGAAGGAUGAGGGUAACACGAUAAAAAUCGACACAGACCGGAAGCAGGCAGGUACAGACAGCAGCGAUGGCAAGAACGGGAACCCUCCUCCAGAAAAGUAG